UCCUCCCGGACUUGGUCUCAUCCACCCCUCCUGCCGUGGCUCCACUUGGUCUGGUCCUGGCCCUUCCCAGGCCUUUCCCCACCUCGCAAGAUGGCUACGACGCUGCCGGGCCAGGAGCCGUGGAACCGCGUGAGGAUCCCCAAAGCGGGGAGCCGCAGCACGGUGACCGUGCAGCACCCCCACGCGGACCUGGACCAUUGCAUCAGAGCUGUCAUCAGAGAAUGCCGUCUUGUCACACUGUCUCUAAGGAGUCAACUCUUAGAUGCUGAAGCAGAUGUGUUAUGUGCAAUCCUUUAUAGCCAUCACAACAGAAUGGGCCGCCACAAACCCCAUCUAGCUCUCAAACAGGUUGAACAAUGUUUAAAACGUUUGAAAAACAUGAAUUUGGAGGGUUCUAUUCAAGAUUUGUCUGAGUCGUUUUCCUCCAAUGAAAAUCAGCCUGUCACUACCAAAACGUGCGUCCUCCCCAGCCAACCGGUGGUGGAACUGGUGUUGCUGAAGGUUUUGGGAGCCUGCAAGUUGUUGCUCCGCUUGUUGGACCGCUGCUGCAAGGCAUUUCUCUUGACUGUGAAGCAUUUAGCUUUGCAAGAGUUCAUUAUAUUAAACCUUGUGAUGGUUGGGCUGGUGAGCAGAUUAUGGGUUCUCUACAAAGGUGUUUUAAAAAGGUUGGUUUCCUUAUAUGAACCAUUGUUUGGAUUGCUUCAACAGAUCUCCAGGAUUCAACCAAUGCCUUACUUCAAAGAUUUUACCUUUCCUUCUGAUAUUGCUGAAUUUCUAGGACAGCCAUAUUUUGACAUUUUUCAGAAAAAAAUACCUACAGCUUUUGCAGCUAAAGGAGUAACUAAAUUGCUGAAUAGACUGUUUUUAACAAAAGCGCAGUCACCAAGCUCUAGUGAAGAAACCUUACAUAAAAUUUCCAAAAAAGCAAAACAAAUGAAGAUUGAUACACAGCAUAAUGUGGAUCUUGGGCAGCCGGUGAAGAAUAACAGAGUCUCCAAAGAACGGUCAUCAGAUUUUGAUGUGAGAAGUUUCUGCAAACAGCUGAAACACAAAGCUACCCAGAACAGCUUUGCAUACCAGUGUUCUCAAUCCAAACUAAAGACAAUCAAACAUCCUUCUCAGAGAGUGAGAGCAACUCCUUGUGUCAAAAGUUUUGUGCAAAGAUUCCGAGAAGCUGGGACUUUCGUACAACUUUCUGAAGAGAUUCAAAUAGCAAUUAUAUGGUGCAAGAGCAAAAAGCUCAGGGCUCAGGCCACCUUUCUGGGUAGCAAACUUCUUAAAAGUAACCGGCUCAAACAUGUGGAAGCCCAAGGCUACAGUUUGCCCAAGAAACUCGAAUGCAUAAAAACAUCUAUCUGCAACUGCCUUCUUCGUGGCUCGGGUAUCAAAACUUCAAAGCAUUAUCCGAGACAAAGGAGAUCACAGAAUACAUUUUUACCAAGACAAAGGAAACCACAGAGGAAGGUGCAGUCAGAUCUUUUAAAGGAAAUUCAGCAGUUCAGUCAAGGGACUCAGAAGACUGCUGCAGAUACCAGCGCCAAGCGGGGACUGUCACAUCGUGCAGCUCGCAGCGCUGCGCUCUCCCCUGAUCCUGACAGUGUGCGACCCUUGAGCAGCAGAGUUUUAAAUCCGGCCUUACAACCCACAGAGAAACAGACUCAUGAAAAGCUCACAGGAAGCAGUGAACAGGAAACGGAUUCAUGGAGAAAAAUGCAAAUAAACACACCUAAUGCAUCAGGAACCACGAAGGAGACAGAUGACAUUGAUGAUAUUUUUGCUUUAAUGGGAGUUUAGAUGUUCAUACAUGAGACUUUUGAACAGUUAACAAGCUCAUUUGAUAUCCUGCUGUUUUAGUAGAACUGUUGAAAUUUUUUAGUACUGCUUGGAGGGACUUGGGGAGAAGAUGCAUUUGUGCAGUAUGCACAGGAGUUCACUUUAGUUCAAUAAACAUGGUAGCUGUGUGUCACUUAAUCAAGUAUUUAUUUGACUUUGCCUAAGUGCCAGCUAUUAAAAUGAAAAAUCUGCCAUAGAUGGCCUUUGAAAGCAGAUGUAAUUCCUUGGCUGGGGCUGUUAGGUCACUGAAAAAUUCAAUAGUUUUAUGAUUUCUCAGGGAAUUAAUACCCGUGUAAUUGUUUGCAAAAAACUCUUGUGCACCUAAAAGCCUACCUAAAAAGCCUUAUCAGCUUCAUCAUAGGUACGUCCACCUCUAAAUACCAAAAUUUGUAGCUUCUCAUGGUUGUGCUUGUGUCUUGCUUGUAUUAGAAAGGAUCUUCAAAGGGACUCAAAAGUUUUGUACUGGGACUGGUCAUGGUUAUUUCUCAUUUGUUCACCUUAUCAUAGGAGGAGGUAAGAAUUGGGGCCGGCGCUGUGGCUCACUUGGCUAAUCCUCCGCCUGUGGCACUGGAAUCCCAAAUGGGCCCUGGGUUCUAGUCCCGGUUGCUCCUCUUCCAGUCCAGCUCUCUGCUGUGGCCUGGGGAGGGCAGUGGAGGAUGGCCCAAGUGCUUGGGCCCUGCACCCACAUGGGAGACCAGGAAGAAGCACCUGGCUCCUGGCUUCAGAUUGGCGUAGCUCUGGUCGUGGCGGCCAUUUGGGGGGAGAACCAACAAAAGGAAGACCUUUCUCUCUGUCUCUCCCUCUCACUGUCUGUAACUCUAUCUGUCAAAUAAAUAAAUAAAAUUUU